AUUAGCAUGCUGGCCACGCCCCUUCAUUAAGCGUGGUGACGAGCAGCGGCCUGUGGAGUCAAAGAAGUGUUAAUAGAAAACACCCAGCAAAUUUAUUAAUUUCAUAGCAUUGCAGAUGACUGUAAGGAGCAUCAAGCGUCAGUUAUCCGUGUCUCCUCCCUCUCUGUAUUUAAGCAUCUGCUCCAUCCCUGAGAGACCCGAGUUUUCUGAGUCAGUACCGAGAGUUUCUCCAGUCCUUGACGCACAGGAGCUUUAAACCCGGCACUGUGGGAUUAACGAUACGAUACGAAACGAGCUGGACACGUCGGUAUCCUCUACGUACGAGCGUGCCCUUUAAAGUAAGAAGCGGACACGUGUCUUCUCUCUCUGAAGAAAGUGUGUGACUUUAGGAAGCUUGCGAGUGAACGAUCCCUGCCCUUCUCUCCUCCACAGCCGCGCGCGUCUCUGAUCUGAGGAACAUCUUCUGGACAUUAUUAGAGGAUCAUGAAGUCCCUGCUGCUGGUGUGUGUGUUUCUGCUGCCUCUGCAAACACCCGCGCUGCCGCUGCGCAACAGAUCGAGUUUUCCCAGCAAACCCGGGAAGCUUCCAGAAUCACGGGGUGGUAAUGCCAUGGAAACCGUCACCGUUCCUUCAAUAGCUUCGAGUGUCGGGGCAAGAGAGCGCCGCGCGGUCUGGAGGGCCCUCCUGCAUAAAGGACCCCCGGCGAAACACGCCAACACACCGGCCAAUCAAAGCGGGGAACAUUUCCGGGAGCGCCGGCAUGUCCUCCGAGGGUCACGAGGUCGGCUGAUGCGCGUGGGAUGCGUCCUCGGCACAUGCCAGGUACAAAACCUCAGCCACCGACUCUAUCAGCUGAACGGCCAAAGCGGACGGCAAGACGCGCCGAUCAAUCCCAGGAGCCCACAUAGUUACGGAUGAGGCUACGAACGCACAGCAAAAAGACCUAUCCAAAAAUGUGACUACAGAAGACCACCAGCAGGCAACCAAUCAACAACUGGCAUAAUCGAUUUACGGCCGUCCUGUCACGGGAAAUCUAAUUCUCUUUAAUCUUUUGAAAUAAAAGAGUCAAUUAAUGUGCUUACAGGAGAGUGAAGAACUCUAAACGAACAUCUAUUGAAACAAAAACAACUUGCUAUGAACUUCUGCCAUUUUGACGUCAUUUAUCAUUAACAUACGGCACGGUCGCCGACAUUAACCUGCAAGCUUCUAUUUAAAUGUUCAGAAACCUGCCCUGGCCUUUAAUACGGAGAAGUAAAGAGAAUGUUUGAUGUUACACAUAAACACCGGAGAAGUGUUAUGAACAAUGAGGGAAGGUUUGAGAAGCACCUACAGCUCUGAGGACCCUGCUGUCCUGAACAGAGUUUUCAUUUCAGCAAGGAUUGUUUAUUCAAUCGCUUUAAUGUUUUAAAGGAAUGCAGCUUUGGAGCCAAUAGAAAACACUACUAAAAACAACUUAGUGGAUCUCAGGGAAGAGAAUUGAAGUGUAAACACUAUACGUGCCCCUUUAACAAUUAAUAAUCCUUUUCUAAAGGUCAAAGGUGACUUUUUUAUACUCAUGCCCUUCUGUAAUGAAGUGACUUAAACCUUCAUUAUCUUUAGAGUAAUCCCACACCGUCUCUCGCUCUCUAAGCCAGGACAAAUCACCCUUGACUGAGCCACCUAAAGCCGAACAAAACUACUUAUUUAUGAAUCUAACCCCAAAUAUCAAACCAGAUGGUUAUUUAAAGUGCCUCCAUUAUGGGUUAUGAAAGGUUCAUAUUUUGAGUCCUAAACAACAGGUUGACACGCAUGCAAGGUCAAAAAACAUAUUAAUUGUUUUAUAAUAUGCAUUAAUUUUUACCCUAUUUUACUCCCAAACUAUUCAUUCAAUUAUUAAUUUUUCCAAACCCCUUCGAUGAUUGGUCGAUUUAAUUUAAAGCAGUGUUUGUAAGCUUUUAACGCUUCAAAAGCGGCACCUAGAUUUAUUUUCAUUCAGACCAAUGCGAAAAAAGACCAACAAGUGGGUGGGGAAAUAUGCUAAUGUUUGAUUUUGACGUCAAUACAAAACGACUAGUUUUAAAACGAUUAUUUUUUAGUGAUUCAUAAUCAACACUUUUUCUGAGACACAGUAACUUUAUACACGGCGCGCUUUCUGAUUUAAAACCUAGAGCCAUAACACACUGCAUGAAAGCUCAAAAAUCCAUAAUAGGGGCACUUCAAAAUAAAGAUAGCGCAAAAGGUUUGUUAGGAUCCAAAUGAUUAAAAAAACAACAAUUUUGAAUUGAAAUUUGGAUGUAUUUGGAUUCUAAUUCCUAUGUUAUUGGUCAUGUCACAAUGUUAAUCCCGAUGCAUUUAAAAGCCCUAAAUUUGUGGAAAUACGUGGAAAUCAGAGUGCUAGAUUUUCAGCAAAUAACUUUCAUUAAAUAAUGCUCAAAACAUUUGCAUUUAGUUCUAAGAAAAAGCUCUGUAUUUUCUCGCAGAAACCAUUCGCUUUGAUAUUUUGUCAUCUUAACAAUAACUGUUUCCAAACAGGUUUCCGGAGCUUUCCUCUCAUCAGCCAUUGGCGGAAACGGUCCCAUCCCAAACUCACAGUAUUGGCUGAGCCACCGUCAACUUGUUCAGACCAAGAGAGUAAUGUUAUAAGCGUCAGUCACGGACCCACUCUCCGGGGGAAACGAAAGUCUUACUUAUAGCCGUCUCUGCGCUUCACGCUAAGACUGGAGAAAGUAUUUUCACUUCGAAAAAUUACACACAGCCACUUUAAAUGCGUCCGCAUACCUUCUGGGACCACUGUAUAUUCCCAUUUAAACUUUUAAAACGUCAAGCCUUCAUCCGUAAAGCUCUCAAACGUUCAACACCGUCUGAUCGCGUACGUCGCCGCAUGCCAGUCUCGCAACAUAAAAUCACAAAUACAAAUAAAACAUGGGCGACAAAUAUAAACACGAUUCUCCGGCCGAACAAUCACGCAUACACAAACACCUACAGUUUGUCAUAGCGUGUCAGCGGUGGAAUGUCUGCUAUCCUCAUGUACACAGAUAGGUCAAAGGUCGCCAUUAAACCUAAAGCACUUUAAAAGCAACACGAUCAAUUUUAAUGCCACCGACUUGAAUGGAAGAGAUGUUAUUUAAAUCUAAGUUAACAAAAGCUUGUGUAAAUAUUUUGCGAGUGUGUAAUGGCCGGACAUUUGUAGUUACGUGCCAACGCUGUGUGUUUUAAUACGAUUUAGAUGUUUCAAUAAACAAAAAUGCAAAUGGU